GUCUCUCUCUCACUCUCUCUCUCUCCUCCUGGGCUGGGCAGAGCCCACCAGCGAGCCUCUACUGCUGGAUGUGUCUGAAGUUAAUAAAGAGUGAGCGACCGUGGGAAGACACACCUGGCACAGCUCACUCACGCGCUGGAGGAGUGUGUAGGGAGAGUGUGGUUUGUGUGUGUGUGUGUGUGAGAGAGAAGAGAGAGAGAGAGAGAGAGAGAGAGAGAGAGAGAGCGUGCAUUAGAGGAACGCUCCUCACGCGGAGUUUUUUUUGGAUUAUACAGCCUUCCUUCACCACAGCAGCAGCAGCAACAGCAGAGCACCACGACCCCCAUCAGCAACAGCAGCAUCAGCAGCUGGACCCCGAGACACUCUGGACAUCACUGGAUUUACACACUGGAUCCAGAGGCAGGCUGUGUAUGCAUGCGCGUGCGAUUGAGUGUGUGUGAGAGAGAGCGUGUGUAUGGGUGCGUGGUGAGCGCGUGAGGGACAUGGCAGCCCCGGAGCUGGAGCGAGGAGCUGGGCUGGAUGAGGCGCGCGGAGAAAGGAGCUGAGCGGCGGGAUGAGCAGGGAAUGACAGAGACCUGAACACAACAGCAACACUAUCUAUCUCUUUGUGACACGAGCUUGAUUUCUGAUCCAGAAUCCGGGAAUAUUGAUCUCUGAGGAUUUUCUAUUUUUCCUGAUUUUUUUUUGGUGUGGGACAUUUUCUGGUUCUGGUCCAGUUUUGAAUCGCCCGGACCGAGGAUGCGUUGUUGUGGAUUAGCGCUGGUGGGCUUACUGGGAGUGUUGGAGAUCGUGAGGGCUUUCAAAAACGAUAAAUGUGGCGAUAACAUCAGGAUCGCCAGCGCCAACUACCUGACCUCCCCCGGCUACCCAACCUCGUACUACCCCUCGCAGAAGUGCGUGUGGGUGAUCACGACGCCAGAAGCUCACCAGAGGAUCCUCAUCAACUUCAACCCUCACUUCGACCUGGAGGACCGCGAGUGCAAAUAUGACUAUGUGGAGGUGCGGGAUGGUGUGGAUGAGUCGGGGCAGCUGGUGGGGAAGUACUGUGGGAAGAUUGCGCCCUCGCCCGUGGUCUCCUCCGGGAACCAGCUCUUCAUCAAGUUCGUGUCGGACUAUGAGACGCAUGGAGCCGGCUUCUCCAUCCGCUACGAGAUUUUCAAAAUCGGCCCAGAAUGCUCGAGAAACUUCACCUCUAAGAACGGGGUCAUCAAGUCUCCAGGUUUCCCUGAGAAAUACCCCAACAACCUGGACUGCACAUUCAUGAUCUUCGCCCCCAAGAUGUCGGAGAUCAUCCUGGAGUUCGAGAGCUUUGAGCUGGAGCCCGACACACAGCCUCCCGCUGGAGUCUUCUGCCGUUACGACCGCCUGGAGAUCUGGGACGGCUUCCCUGGAGUGGGUCCAUACAUCGGCAGGUACUGUGGACAGAAUACUCCAGGAAGAAUCAUCUCCUACACUGGUAUCUUGGCUUUGACAAUCAACACAGACAGUGCAAUCGCUAAAGAAGGAUUCUCCGCUAACUUUACUGUGCUGGAGAGGACUGUUCCUGAAGACUUUGACUGCAUGGAGCCACUGGGAAUAGAGUCUGGUGAGAUCCCCUCUGACCAGAUAGUGGCUUCAUCCCAGUACAACGCCAACUGGUCUCCAGAACGCUCUAGACUCAACAAUUUUGAAAACGGCUGGACACCAUUGGAAGAUUCCAACAAGGAAUGGAUUCAGGUUGAUCUCGGUUUCCUGCGCUUCGUCUCGGCCAUCGGAACGCAAGGCGCCAUCUCCCAGGAGACUAAGAAGAAGUACUUUGUGAAGUCCUACAAAGUGGAUGUGAGCUCCAAUGGUGAAGACUGGAUCACCCUGAAGGAAGGCUCGAAGCAGAAGGUUUUUAUUGGCAACACCAACCCCACAGAUGUGGCCAAGACUCAGCUGCCUAAACCCACCCUGACCCGCUUCAUCAGGAUUCGACCAUAUACCUGGGAGACGGGCAUCGCUCUGCGCUUCGAGAUUUAUGGCUGCAAGAUUUCAGAGUACCCAUGUUCAGGCAUGCUGGGCAUGGUCUCCGGCCUCAUCACUGAUGACCAGAUCACUGCCUCGUCCCACACCGACCGCAGCUGGGUGCCGGAGAACGCCCGUCUGCUGACCAGCCGCUCGGGCUGGACGCUUCUGCCCCAGCCGCAGCCGUACGCAGACGAGUGGCUCCAGGUGGACCUGGGUCAGGAGAAACUGGUGCGUGGCCUCAUCAUCCAGGGUGGCAAACAUCGCGAGAACAAAGUCUUCAUGAAGAAGUUCCGCCUGGGCUACAGCAACAACGGCUCUGACUGGAAGAUGGUGAUGGAGGCCAAUGGCAACAAACCCAAGCUUUUCGAGGGGAAUAUGAACUACGAUACGCCAGUGUUGAGGACAGUGGAGCCUAUUUUGACGCGGUUUGUGAGGGUUUACCCUGACAGAGCAACUCCAGCAGGCAUGGGGUUGAGACUGGAGCUCCUGGGCUGUGAAAUUGAAGCACCCACUAUACCACCUACCACACCCGCUCCUCCCACCACCCCAUCAGACGAGUGUGACGAUGAACAGGCCAACUGUCACAGUGGAACAGGUGAUGACUACGACCAGACAGGUGGAACUACCGUGCCUGAGACCACUACAGGAAUGGGCACUGUACCAGCAUUCCUCUGGUUUGCAUGUGAUUUCGGCUGGGCCAACGACCCCUCUUUCUGCGGCUGGACGUCUGAAGAGACGGGCUACAGGUGGCAGAUCCAGUCCAGUGGAACUCCAACACUCAACACUGGCCCCAACAUGGACCACACAGGUGGCUCUGGAAAUUUUAUCUACACUCUGGCAACCGGAGCACAGGAGACAGAGGUGGCCCGGCUCGUGAGUCCGGCAGUGUCUGGUCAGGACUCAGACCUCUGCAUGUCCUUCUGGUACCACAUGUUUGGCUCACACAUCGGCACACUGCAUAUCAAACAGAGAAGGGAGAGUGGCCAGACCACGGCCGACGUGCUGCUCUGGACGGUCAGCGGUCAUCAGGGCAACCGCUGGAGAGAGGGCCGAGUGCUUAUACCACACUUAAGCAAACCCUAUCAGGUGGUGAUAGAGGGUGUGGUGGAGAGGAAAAGCUGGGGUGACAUCGCUGUGGAUGACAUCAAGAUCCUAGACAGUCUCAACAUGGCUGACUGCAAGGACCCAGAUGUCCCAACAGAACCAAUGCUGCCUGAGGAUAACUUCAAUGAGAUCAUUGUGGACAUCACCGACUUCCCAGAGAUCGAAGACAACAACAAUAUCGGCGGAGCGGGCAACAUGCUGAAGACCCUGGACCCCAUCCUGAUCACCAUCAUCGCUAUGAGCGCCCUGGGGGUCUUCCUGGGGGCCAUCUGCGGCGUGGUGCUUUACUGCGCCUGCUCGCACGGCGGUAUGGCCGACAGAAACUUAUCCGCUCUGGAGAACUAUAACUUUGAGCUGGUGGACGGCGUAAAGCUAAAGAAGGACAAGCUUAACUCACAGAACUCGUACUCAGAGGCAUGAGGCGCCAACCAAUGAGAGAAAACCUCUCCUCGAGGGAGGGCGGGCUAACUAAAGGACUACCGCCGCCCUCCCGUUGGAGGAGGACAAGGCUCUGAGGUUCUGAGAACCAGUGGGAGUAGAAUUGGGACUGAGCCAUGCUUUUCUCAGGAGCUGCAGUGACAGAACCUACCAGUAGGGGACACUGUGUACAAAACAAAACUAAACAAAAAAAAACAUUGAAAAUGAUGAGGAUUAAGAAAACAAAACAAAAGAAAUAUGUACAGAUGAUUUAGAUGAUUAUUUUAAUUUUUUAUUUUAUUAUUUUGUAUUAUUUUUAGUUGCUCAUUUCUACAAUCGGAUGCUGGUGUUGAGACCAAUAUAUGAAAAUGUUAUACGUAUUUAUCUUUUUUUUCUUCUUUUCUUUUGUUCUUUAACUGGGAGGAAAAUCAGUGUGUUUAAGCGUCGUUGUUUUUGUGUUUCAAGGAGAUGUGUGUAAAAAGAAAAUCCCAAAUGAACCAUAACUGAUAAUGAUGGGUGGGUACUUGACCCGGAGCGGGACGAGUGCAGAUCUUAGGGUGUGGAGCUGUGAUCUGGCCCUGUAGGAUUUCAGCUAUGGUUCAGUCAGUGCCUUUGGUACAUCUUUUUUGGCCUCUUUUGUUGAUUUUUUGAAGUUUUUUACAUCCCUUUAGUUCUGAAACAAAAACAGACAAACAAAAGAAACGGAAAAAAAAAAAAAAAAAACAACGGAAUAUGUUGGUCACAUCUGCAAAACAUGCCCCGGUUUAUUCAUCGCGCUUUAAUGUUCAGAGCUCACAUAUUGUACAUAAGUUUUAAUAUAUUUUAUUGCCCUUUUCAAAGAAAACGAGUAAAAGGACAAAAAAGAAGCUGCAGUAUCCCUUUUUUUCUUUGGUCGUGUGUUGUAAAUACAAUCCGUCUGACUGUUUUGUGAAAGUGAAACGUGUGCUAUUUCCGUCCUUCGCUUAUUUUGCCUCCCCUCCCCAGAGAUGCAGCUCAUGUGUACAAGCUAAGCUAAGCUGGUGGUUUGACAAAUCCUGUGGGCACACACACACACAAACACUCACACACACACAUAUACAAAUACACACACAUUUACAUAGACCAACAUAACCACACAUAGACUCAUGACACAUGACACAGACUCAAUGACACUCUCAGACUAGACUUCUGAUGAACCUCUGCUCCUACUCUGCUAAAUAUCUAAAUAUGGAACAUUGUCCGAGGAAUAUUGACUGAUGUGGCUCCACAAAUGCUUCAUAUCCUUCACUGUACGUCUACUUUUACAUCAGCCUGGAUCCUGGACACAUACUUUAUCCCAUAGACAUUUCAGAAGGUCUGUUAAAUCUCUCCGACUCUGCUCCAUGUCUCCAUGACUAUUUCUUCAUGACUUUCUAUAUCUCUCUCUUUCUAAACAACGUUCUGGAUGUCUCUCAGCAGCCGUACCAAAAAACAAAAAAAAAACAAAAAUGAAGCUUAUCAUCAUCGCCUCACGUUCUUCUUGAAAAAGCUGCCACCUGCUCAGUGCCACGCCCCGUUUAUCUUCACCCGCCCCUCUACAAAGUGCUACUUACACGUCUGCUCACCUCAAACGCACUUUGUCUUCAACGUCAACUUUUCAAUGUCAACUUUUGGGGCUACAUGUCUUGAAAAAAAGACGCAUGUCACGAAUGUGGGGGUGCCUCAGGGUGCCUCAAUGGUGCUAUUUCUUCAUAUGUUCAUAUGUUAUCAUAUGUAUGAGCAUCUCUUAUCAUUGAUGGGCUCAUCAUGCUGCCAUCAUGCUCAUCACUGGCCUCAGAACUGCUGAGAACUGCUAUCUCAUGCUGUCUGUGUGUCUCAUUGAGGAUGCCGUACUCACUUUGGUACAGACAAGUUGGUACAGGACUCGGCUGACUGGACUUGUCAUGUUGAUGUCAAAUCCUGACAUCAUCCUUUGCAUUUUGUCUGUACCAAAGGACCGUGGCCCUCAAGCUCUAUAAAGGGGCCGAUAACGUAAUAACACACUGUCCACUGCACUGUCUACUGUCUAAGAACAGCAUUGAAACCAGCCAGCCCAUCCUUAACAAUUCAAACUGAUAAUGCACUGGACUGUAGGAAGACAGAACUACACGAAAAGACUGAAAUAUCUGCUGAAAUAUCUAAUGCUGGGUCGUCGUUCACCGUCAUUUGGAUUCAUCACUUGCUUUCCCUCAAAACCAUCAGAAGAACAUCAUAAAUCAUACAUAUCACGUGUAGUAUAAUCAACAGGGCUCCACCCAUCCUCCCUCACGCCGACUCCUGUUUUAAAGGUUUCUCUAGGUAUGUUUAUGUGCUGUGUUGUGUUCUGUGGCAAAGAAACAAAACCCAACCCCCUCAACCCAUCAACUCUUCAUCCACUCCUCAUUUCCCUCCAGUAGCUCCCUCCAGUAACUCACCAACACAUCUCUCAAAGCUACAUGUGUGUGUCUUUAGCUGAAGCUAAACAGGGACGAGCUUCAGCAAAGGUCGGAUGAAGAAAAGCAUACUGUAGCGUCAAGGGAAAAAAGAGAAAAAAAAAGAGAAAAGAAACGAUGUUGCACUGAUAGAUAUAUUUAAAGAGGUUUAUGUGUUUAUAGCAUUCAUUUGUAAAAAACAAAAUCAGAAUAAAAAAAAGACAGUGUUCUUUUUUUUAAUAGUUUCAGGAUAUGUAAUACGAUUCUGAAAUAUACGGUUAUCGAGAUGUUUUCAUUAUUGAAAAAGGUAUACGAAAUUUCCUAUAGUAAAAAAAAAAGAUUCCCAUUUACCUGAACGAUUAUCUCUUCGUUUUUGUACUGUCGUUGGAAUUUUGUGCUGAUUUUUUUUACGAGAAGAAGAGGAAAAGAAUCUUUUAUUUUCAAUACUGCUUCUGUAAUUGCUGUUGUAGGAAGAAAAAACCUGAAUAAAACAGCAAGGCCUUAAAAACUGAAAUCACUGUUUUGUAUUUCCAACAUCUGCUUCAUGAAAAGCGAAAAACCGCCGAUGUCUACUGUCUCUGAUCAGCUCAGAUCAACGGACGAUCCAAAGAUUCCGAUCCAAUAAAUGUUUUUUCCUAUGAA